AUGAAGAGGAACUUUAAUACUACACAAAAGUUGAAUAAAUCUGAUAGUGGAUAUCAAUCCAAUGAAUUAAUAAAACCAUUUAAUAAUAGUUUUGAUUUUUCACCAGAAAGGUCUUUACCCAAAAAAAGAAAAAUUUUAACUUGUAUCAACAAUAGUACAACGAAUUUAGAUUUAUUAAAAGUAAAAGAUGUUGAUUGGAAUGGAUUUAUGUUAACAGUAACAGGAGAAGAAAUAUUAGAUGAUGGAACAAAAAUAGUUGAAGGUGUAAUAGUUGAAAAUCAAAAAAGUAUUAAAAUUCAUUUGGAAGAAGACUGGAAAAAUACUCCUAUCAUGAUAGAUCAUCAAAUUUUUGUUUUAAAACCAUUAAAAAUUAAUGAUACAACAUUUGUUGUUAAGAAUUUAAAUGGAAUUAUUAUUGUAGAACCUUAUUUAUUAAUAGCUCCAACAACAAUUGCCUCAUUUCAUAAAUGUGAAAGGAAAGCUGUUUUACGGGAAAGAUGCGCAGAAGAAAAUCAAAUUUCACUUCCAUUAGUUAUUGGUAAUGCUGUACAUGAACUUUUUCAAUGGGUAGUUAGAAAUAUGGAUAAAAAAUCUAUAACAAAUAUAAAAUUUUUAGAAGCAAUUUUUAGAUCCAAAAUUAUACCAAAGUACAUAACUGAUUUAGCUUUACUUAAUAUUGAUGUUCGCAAAUUUGUGGAACAUGUACAGGAAUAUAUAGAAACAAUCAGAAAAUGGGUAUUAACAUAUAUGCCUAAACCACACGGAAAUGGAGAAGUUUUUAUUGAAGAUGAUAAUUCAAAAAUAUCAGAUGUAGUAGAUAUUGAAGAAAAUAUCUGGCUUCCUAAUAUUGGUUUAAAAGGAAAAAUUGAUGUUACUUUAAAAUUAAAAGAUUUACAUGGAAAUAUAAAAUAUUCAGGUUUAGAAUUGAAAACAGGUAAAAGUUCAGGAAAUAUAGAACAUUUAACACAAGUAAAUCUUUACUCUUUAAUGUUAUCUGUAUUAGACAAACAAGAUUUUACACCAAUACAAUUAUUAUACUUAAAAGAUGGGACUAAAUCAAUUGUUAAGCCAAAUAAUUUUGUAAUAGGAUCAAUGAUAAGAAUGAGAAAUGAAUUGUCAAAAUAUCUAAAUAUAUAUGAUGAUUUAAUUGCACCAGAUCUUCAAUCAGAACCAAGUAUAUGUUCCUAUUGUACAAUGAAUAUGUUUUGUUCAUUGGAAAGAAUUUCAGAAAAAAAGAAAGGAAUUGUCACAAAACACUAUAAAACUGGAGAAUUUUUAAAGGAAUGUACAUCAGCUGGAAAAGAAAAUGGUCCAUCAUCAUUAUAUAAAUUAACAGCUGAAGAGAGAUCUCAAAAUGGAACAUGUUUGCCUGGUCUUCUUUUAACAGGAAUAGAAAAAGGUGACAAAUUAAAAUUAACUUUUUCUAUUUCUUUGUUACCACCUGACUUUAGAAAGAAAUGGAUAGUUGGAGAAUUUGUAUAUAUUUCAAGCACAAAACGUAUUGCUAUUUGUAAUGGAGUAAUAGUAUCAAAUGAUUCUGAGUUAAUUGUUGAAGCAUUAACUCCAUUAUCAAGAUAUUUAAAUGUUAAUGAUUUUUAUCAUCUUGACAUAAUAGAAUAUAUGCGUCAUUUUCAAAUGAAUAUUAAUUCAAUUGUAAAAUUAAUGGAAAAUAAUGAUUCGAGUAAUUAUUUGAGAAGUAUUGUAAUAAGAGAAGUUUAUCCAAUAAGUCAACGUCUUUCACCAUCUUUAUUAAAAAUAAUACUACCAUUUAUUAAUAAUUUAAGUGAACCUCAAAGAGAUGCAGUUAUUCAUUCAAUAAAAACUACUGGGUAUUCAUUAAUAAAAGGUAUGCCUGGUGCUGGUAAGACAACUGUUAUUGCUUCAUUAGUUAGAAGUUUGAUAGCUCUUGGAAAGACUGUCCUUCUUGCUUCUUACACAAACUCUGCAGUUGAUAAUUGUUUGGAAAAGUUGGGUAAAUAUAUUUCUGACGACAAAAUUUUAAGAAUUGGUACUGAUUCAAGAGCUCAAGAAUGGUCAAAAAAGUAUUGUUUGAAAGAGAAGAUUAAAGGCAUUGAAACAAAUGAUGGAAAAAUAGAAGCAGUAAGAAAAAUAUAUUCUACAUGUAAUAUUGUUGCCGGUACUUGUAUUUCAAUUCAAGAACAUCCAAUUUUUAAUAAUCAUCCAAAAUUUGAUGUAUGUAUUGUUGAUGAAGCUUCAUUGUGUUUAGAAUGUACAGUUAUUAAGUCACUAUUAAAUAGUAAUACUUUUGUUCUUGUUGGAGAUGAAAGACAACUAACACCAUUGGUUAGAAAUAAAGAAGCUGCAGAGAGAGGAAUGAGUAUUUCAUUGUUUGAAAAAUUAUCAAAAAACAAAAAAGGAUUAUAUGUUAUUAAUACACAAUUUAGGAUGAAUAAAGUUUUAUGUCAUAUUCCAAGUACAUUAUUUUAUGAUGGUGAAAUGCAAUGUGCAAAUAAUAAUGUAGAAAAUGCUGUAAUCAAAUGUAAAGAUUGGAAUUCAAUUGAAACUAAAAGUAAUUUUGGAUUACCAAAUAACAUCUGUGAAAAAAUUCUUAGUAAGAAAUUGACUGAUUCCUUGAUAUUUAUUGAUACGGGAACAUGUAUGUAUAAUGAAACAACCAAAAAAGAUCAAAAUGGUAUUGAAGUUAAAAAUAAAACCUCGAAUUUAACUGAGUCUAAAAUAGCAAUUUCUUGUUUAAAACUUCUUCUCGAAUUUGGCGUUAGCUCAUUAGACAUUGCUAUAAUAACACCUUUUAGAGAUCAAAUGAAUACUUUAAGAACAUUAAUUAAUCAAUUAAUAUCAAAAAAUGUAAAUGAUAACGAAUAUAGUAAUGUAGAAAUAUCAACAAUUGAUCAAUUUCAAGGAAGAGAUAAAAAAGUAGUCAUUUUUUCAACAGUUUACAAUUAUUCCGAGGAUAAUGAAAAUUGUGAACUUUUAAAUAAUCCUAGAAGAAUGAAUGUUGCUUUGACUAGAGCAAAACAUAAAUUGAUAAUAAUUGGUUGUAUUAACUCAUUACGAAAACUGGAACUACCAUCUAAAAUUAUUGGUAUGAUUGAUAAUAUUUUACUUUUAAACGAAUAA